AUGGCUGUCAGACUACUGGCUGCCUUACCUUGGCCUCGUGAUUCGUUUGAGCUGCGCAUCCAUGGAUCUUGGGUCGCAGUGCUACAAUUCUUCAGCGCCGAUCCUUUUGUGGACUACCGAGAGGGACAAGUUCCCCGACUGGAUGUGAAGCCUGCAGGAACUACGGAUGGGAAAGGAUCCGGUGCCAGGGGACAGAACUGUGUUGGUUUGCGAACUGAGUUCUGUAGUCUAUUAUAUCGAAUGAGUAGUCUAAUUCAAAUACCGUCUGCUAUAGUGUACCGUCUGUGCCAAUACUGCGCCAACUCAGCUGUCUCGGUAGUUCAAUGCUUUCUGUCGCCCCCUGUCAAACCAAGCCGGUUAUACCGAGACAGGGAUUCGAUGGGUUAA